CACACUCACACACACACACACACACAUACACACAUACACACGCAACAGCGUCUCACUUGCUGCUCUUCCUCUGCUGCAGCAUGUAGAACCGACCUAUGCUGACAGGCUCCAGCGAACCAGUCAUGAUCCAGCCCUCAAUCUGCCAGGUCACACCGCCCGGCCCCCCUCCCUCUCCAGCCCCUCCGUCGCUGUCGUCAGCUGCUGAUGACAUCGGUGCGGCGCUCACUUUGCCGAAAUAGUACUGGUCGGCGUUCAUAUUGGUGCCCUGGCUCUUCAUCCUCGAUACCUGACAGACAGACCACCCAUAUCACACACACACACACACACACACACACAGAGAGAGAGAGAGAGAGAGAGAGAGCCGGUCGACCUCAGUCCCUGUGCGUGUCCAUCUCCCUGGUACUCACCUUCAGCCAGACUUUGCGGUCGUCAUCGGUGCCGAGUAUCCUCUCAUGUGACGUCAGGUGGGGCCAGCCCAACACCCAGGAGCCUCGCAGCACUUUCCUCAGGGGCGGCCUCGACCCAUCAGGCGGCACAUCGGUGGCCAUGGGAUCUGCGAGUGGGACAGCCUCGAAGGUGCCGUUGGAAUGGAGCUGCAUCGUGUAGAGGGCGGCGGAGGAUUCCCUCGACAGCCGCUCGUCUGACCGCCUCGUUAGCGUCCACAAACCUGAAGGACAGACACACACAUACUCAAUGCAUGCAUCGCAUCAAUCAGUGAGUCGGUGAGUUGGUUAUACCUGCCAGGCUGUCCCGGCUGAUCGCGGGCCUCAUUUGUUUCUCCAGCCGCCUCUUCAUCCAUUUCAGCCCCUCAGCUCCGCCAAAUUGCUGCGACGAGAGGAUCUUCUGCAUCGAGAAGUCACCCACGUAAGUCGGGUCCAUCGAUCCCGCCGACACGUAGCCGUCCACGCGACUCGUCUUCUCCGCCCCGUCGGGGAUGGGCCCCUCAAGAAGGUCAAAACCGAUCUGGUUGCUCAGAGAUCGGUCCACCCAGACGGACAGACGCUGACCGUCUGUGUCCCACUGCCCCGAUAGCUGAGCGGCCUCGCGGCGCCGCCUUGACAGAUAGCUCACGCUCUCCUCGUCUUCGCUCUCCGCCGUGGCCGCUGCGGGCCCAAUAGCCGCCGACCUCAGGCCGCCGAACUGAUUGAGGACCACAUAAAACUCUCUGCAAUCUCCCUCCACGAGUGUCCUGAGCCGCCAGGUGCCGCUCAGCAACCAAUGGUCCUCUGUCGGCACGAACUGGGUGCGGGAAUAAAGAGGUGGUGUCCUCAUCCACCGUCUUGGAAGGGCUGGCUGGAUAAAAGCUGAAAGAGCUGAUGCGCGUCCAUCAGGGUCUCUCAGAGCCCUCCAGCGAUGCAUGGUGCCGCCUGCUUCGCAGCAAAUGGAGCAAACGAGGCUCGCUACGAGAGGCGCCGAAGAUGACAAUGACAACAACAUGAUCACAGAUCUUGACAGAUGCUGAUCUUCACUGCAUGGCGCUCGCUGCAUGGAGCUUCCCC